GAGAGAAAACUUAUUCAUCCCAUUUUCUUCCAAUUGUACUGAUAUGUUCUUAACAGUAAGUGCUUUUUUCUGUGUAACAGCAUUUCAGAUAGAAUUUCAAGAAUAACUUUGCAUCUAGAUUUUUCCCUUACCUGCAUUUAACAGGAAUUUUAUUCCUUCUAUGUAAAUUUACUUAUGUACUUCAGAAAUUAUCCACUUACCACAAGUGCACAGCAAAUAAAAGAAGUGUUCGAAAAUCAAAUUACCAGUUACAAAACAACAAUUACUAAGCCAAUAAAAAUAUGUUUAUCUACCAAUAAAACAUUUGUGACUGGUAUGUUCAACAAAGAUGUAAACAAAAUUGAGCAGCUUGUAUUCUGUUCAUUCUUGAAAAUUGAUUGUAAAUUUAGUCACUUCACAUCUGUAAAACGUUCGGCUGAACUUUGAAUUUACUAAGUAACAUGCUUUUAUGUAACUUACUUAGAAAAUAAAUUCAAUAAAAACUCAAAUUGGAAGAGAUUUGUUCAUUUGUUAGCUACUAUCAACUGUUGAAUUCAUUGAAAAGAGUCAUGGAGACAGAGAAUGUUGGUAGGUCAAGUGGAUCAUUUUGGUGUAGUUGUGUUCUCACAGCUAUAUGCUUUAAUUACAGAGCUUCAGUGUGAAGUGAUAUCGAUGUCAAGGCUGAAGAUGUCAGGAAUGAAAGAAUGAAAGCUUCAUACUCAAACCACCCAUCUCAGAGAAUACUGAUACAUUUAUACGAUUCAUAGCUCAUGUUGAAGACAAUGCACUUAUUCCAAAUAUUCUCCCAAGACCUCAUUAAGGACCAGAACCAGAACCAUGAGUUUACGAAGUAAUCUAGUAUACCGUUUGGUCACUAGGAAGGGACCCAAUGGCAUAAGAAUUCUAACUUCCAUUUAUUCGCGAUUUACAUGCUGAUCGCCAACCAAUGACAUCGGUCAACAUCUGUCCGCAUACCUAACUUCGUAAACCCUACUAUACACUAAUUCCCACUAGAAUUGAAAGUAACUUCAUCCUGUAAAGCCCAUUUAUGUGUACACAUCUGCUGUCGAAGCUAAUAUACGGAGGACAGGUGAUUUCAUUUUUACAGUUUAUAGAUAACAAAUAAGUAAUACCCAGGUGAAAACUGUAAAAAUACGAAUCCUGCACUCCUUCAAUAAAUAUCUGUCUUGAACAUACAUCAGAAAUUCUUGUCAUACUAUAAUUAAACUACUGGGUAAUGAUUCAAGAAGUGAAAAUCUGGAUGACUCUCUCUAAAUCAAUUUCAUCAAUCUAAAAAAUAUAUAUGAAAACGAAAUUAAUGCACAUAUCAACCAAUAAGUAUGACUAUCUUCAACGUUAAAAAAAAUGAAUAACACUACGUAACUAACAUUCACUGACACUUAAAGAUAGCAUCAAAAUGAUUUGAUUAUUCAGUUAUAUUUAUUACUUGUGCAUUUAUCACAAUCAUACUCAAGUAUUCAGUGUUUAUUAUAGUGAUAAAAAUCUAAGCUGACUAACGCUUUUUCUUUCUUUUGAUCGAUAAAUACACAAGUGAAAUAUUUGUGUGUUCAUU